AUGGAGAAGGUUGCACUUAUUCAGAAAAGAUUGGUCACGACUCAGAGUCAUCAGAAGAACUAUGUCGACUGUAGGAGGAAACCGUUAUCCUUUGAGGUAGGAGAUUACGUUUUCUUGAAGAUAUCACGUAGACGAGAUUUGAUGAGGUUUAGGAAGAGUGGGAAGUUGUCUCCUAUGUUUAUAAGGCCUUUUGAGAUCCUAGAGCUGAUUGGGGAGGUAGCUUACCAUUUGGUCUUACCGCCAUAUCUUUCCAGGGCUCACGAUGUGUUUCAUAUCUAUAUUCAAGACCAAGUCUUGCGUGGCAAGACAAUUCCUUUAGUGAAGUUGUUGCAGAAACAUCAUGGGGUUAAGGAAGCAGCUUCGAAAUGUGAGGCGAAAGUUUGUGAGAAAUAUCUGGACCUAUUUGUUGAUGUUUGA